AUGGGAUGUGUAUUUGGUAAACAGGUUUCAUCUUCCGGGCCACCCAAUGGAGAGGUUGUAUAUGGGAAGCAAAGGGAAAAUGGGGUGGAGAGAGAUUUGUCAGUGGCAUCAGGAAGGAAGGAUAAAGUUAGUGUAGUAGGUGGAGGGGAAGGCGGAAGUGGUGGUGGAGGUGGAGGUGGUGGUGGUGGUGGUGGUGGUAGUGGUAGUGAAGUCCAAAAUGGUGGAGAUCAUAAGGAGAAAAAAGAUGCUAGUCGGGCUCGUGGUGAAAGGAGGAGGUCAAGGCCAAAUCCAAGAUUAAGUAAUCCACCUAAGAAUAUCCAUGGUGAACAGGUUGCUGCCGGAUGGCCUUCAUGGCUAUCAGCAGUGGCAGCUGAGGCAAUUGAUGGAUGGAUUCCUCGUAGAGCAGAUACUUUUGAGAAACUAGAUAAGAUUGGGCAAGGUACUUACAGUAAUGUCUACAAGGCAAAAGAUUCUAUUUCUGGGAAAAUUGUGGCAUUAAAAAAGGUGCGGUUUGAUAAUUUGGAGCCUGAGAGUGUUAGAUUUAUGGCAAGGGAGAUCUUGAUAUUGCGUCGCUUGGAUCAUCCUAAUGUUGUCAAGUUGCAAGGAUUAGUGACAUCACGGAUGUCGUGUAGCUUGUACCUUGUGUUUGAUUAUAUGGACCAUGAUUUGGCCGGACUGGCUGCAAGUCCUUCGAUAAAGUUUACAGAGCCUCAGGUCAAGUGUUUCAUGCACCAGCUGUUGUCAGGGCUUGAACAUUGUCACAAGCGUCAUGUAUUGCAUCGUGAUAUUAAGGGUUCAAAUCUUCUAAUUGAUAGUGGGGGUGUCCUUAAAAUAGCAGAUUUUGGGUUAGCUUCCUUCUUUGACCCUUAUCACAAGCAGCCCAUGACUAGUCGGGUUGUCACUCUUUGGUACAGACCACCAGAACUUCUACUUGGAGCCACUGAUUAUGGUGUAGGUGUUGAUCUUUGGAGUGCCGGAUGCAUUUUGGCUGAGUUAUUAGCUGGGAAGCCUAUCAUGCCUGGCCGCACAGAGGUUGAACAACUGCACAAGAUAUUUAAACUAUGUGGUUCACCUUCAGAAGAUUAUUGGAAAAAGUCAAAGUUACCCCAUGCAACCAUAUUCAAACCUCAGCAUUCAUAUAGAAGAUGCAUAGCAGAAACAUUUAGGGAUUUCCCUCCCUCUUCACUCCCAUUAAUUGAGACACUUCUUGCCAUUGAUCCGGCGGAACGUCAAACAGCAACAGCUGCUUUGAGUAGUCAAUUUUUCUCAACAAAACCUUAUGCUUGUGAGCCUUCCAACCUUCCAAAAUAUCCUCCAAGCAAGGAGAUGGAUGCUAAACGGCGGGAUGAAGAAGCCAGAAGGCUAAGGGCUGCUGGUAGAUCAAAUGUUGAUGGUACAAGGAAAUCAAGAACACGUGAUCGAAUGGCAAGGGCGAUUCCUGCUCCAGAAGCAAAUGCUGAGAUUCAAGCCAAUAUUGAUAGGAGGCGAUUGAUUUCACAUGCGAAUGCAAAGAGCAAGAGCGAAAAAUUCCCUCCCCCACACCAGGAUGGCACGCUUGGUUACACAUUGGGCUCGAGCCAAUACAUGGAUUCGGCGUAUGAUCCUCCUCAAGUCCCCUUCAGUUCCAUGAACUUCUCUUACGCAAAGGAACCUAUUCAAACUUGGUCAGGCCCGUUGGUAGACCCUGCCGGUGUUGGCUCUGUUAAAAGGAAGUCAAAGCACUCGAAGAAGGACAAGAACUCAGUUAGGUAA